GAAUGGCAAAUUUUCCUGUCCACUUGUGUUGAUGAAUCACAGUUACAGCUGUGUGUGUAAAGUCACACGUGAUAAAUUAUCCGCUGUUUCUGUGUAUGACAUAGACCUUUGUAAUACAUUUGACUGCCAUCGUCUAGUGGAGAGUUUUAAGCCAUCCAAAAACGUUCAGAUGACACCCCCACAUAAAGCUGAGGUCCAUCAAACACCAGAGGCUUUCAACAUCACUUGGAAAAGUGGGUAUGAGAAACAUGACUACCUUGCCAGUUUUGUGCGCUACCAGCUCUUACUUCAAACAUUUCAAAGCAGCGAGAGCAAAACUUCUCAUCUCGAAUCAGAUGAAAAGUUUGUAUCAAUUCUAAGAUUGCACCCUAAAGCGUAUGCUAAAUACUGCAUCAAAGUGAGAUCUGAACCUAUCCGCUACACUGGGACCUGGAGUAAAUGGAGCCCACUGACAUGCUGGGAGAAUGAAGCACAAAAAGAACAAGAAACAAUAUUAGUAAUUCUGACUAAAUCUUUGGCCCCAGUGUGUGUGGUUGUUGGAGUCUUUCUUUUUGUAUUCUACAGUCCUGCUACAAGAGAGAGGAUAAAAACUCUGUCCCGCACGCCAUCACCUGCCCCUUUCUUUCAGCCUCUAUUUCAACAACAUAAAGGCAAUCUCCAG